UCAGCUCUGCUACAGUUUCACCUCUUGACAGUCAUGUACAGCAACAGUUACUCACGGGCCAAAUUUGGCCUGGAAGCCGGAGAGCCCCUGCACAGGACCAAUAGGAAGAGCUGUGGUUACUAUGUGAAGAUUGUCUUCUUCUUCUCCUCUCUCAUCCAGUCUCUGAUCAUCGUCAGCCUGGUGCUGUUCCUGGUCUACGGACAACCGGAGAAGACUGCUGAGGAGAAGAGGCUCAAGGAGCUGGAGCUGAACUUAAACAAGCUGAGUGAGAACAGCAUUAAGCUUAACAAAGAGAAAGGAGAGCUGGGAGCACAGCUGGGAGCCCGCACUGCAGAGAAGAGUGCCCUCGAGAAGGAGGUAGAAAAGCUGAAGACGGCGGCCAAUGGCACAGCCAAAGAGCUCCAAGCCUUGCAGCAGAAAAUAGCCCAGUGUGAGGUGGAUAAAAGGCUAGCGCUUACACGUGCCCCACCAGUAUUGCAAUGCCCCACCAACCCGGUCCACAACCCUUUUGCCAUUGCUACCAACAGUGAGGUUAAAACUUUGCAGAACCUGAACACCCAACAGAGAGCUAUGAUAAACCUCAUAGAGGCCAACUUCACCCAGACGGUUAACUAUCUGUCCCAGGAAAGAGACAACGCCCUCGUGGACCGUGACACACACCACCAGGAUGCCAUAACCUUGCGCAAGGAGAACAUUAACCUGAAGGAGCAGCUAGUCACCUACACCAGGAAAUGUAAAGAGGACUUUGCCAAGUCUCUGGAGGGUAUCCAAACAGUGACCAGUAGUUUCCUAGCUCGGAUCAACAACCUGUUUCCCCACCAGUUGACCUUUCACCUCACCUGUGAGAAGCAGCAGGAGCAGAUGGAGAGGAUAAGAAACGGCUGCACUAACCUGUCCAGAGACGUCGAGGACAAGUUUCAGAAGUACCUGGACAGUGUGGGCAAUAAGGUGGCAGAAAUCCAGGACAAGUCCAGCCGAAAUGAAGUCCAGAAUUCACACCUGACCUCUGACCUCCAGCAAUGUCAAAAUAACCGCAGUGUGACAGCUGCAGAGGGCAAGAGGCUGCUGCACGUAGCUCAACAGAAUCAUGACAAACAGAUGGAGACUUUAUUGAUUGAGCAGAACAGACUGAGAGAAGAGAAGAAGCUGCAAGUAGACCAACUAGCUCUGAAGGAGAAUGAGGUUCAGGCCCUCAAGCAGAGGGUCCAGAUGCUCACCGCUCAACCCUGUAAGCCCGGUGCCCCUAGACCUGCAGCCCUACAAGCUGGCCCGUUUCAGAACAAGCAGACUUCACCUUAUUGGCCAUCCAACGGAGCGCCUGGCAUAAGCAGAACGCCAGUGGUGUGAUGACUUGAACAGGAGGAACCGGUGUACUACACAAUGAUCACCAUUAUGCUUUUACACAAUUUAAUUUGCUGUAUGUAUAUAUUUCUGAGGCAACAAAUGUUGUCAAACACUGCCUGUGUGUAUAAAUUACUUCCAUCAACAGAUGUUCACAUUAAUAUUUUCUAGCUAUGCUAAUGUUUUAUACAUAUUGUUGUUGGCCUUUGUUUGCCUGACAUAAAAUUCACAGAGGGAUUUUUCAUUGCUGUUUUAAUAGUCCGUCAUUGGAAGUUUAAUUUUCUGUAUAAAGCAUUAGUAUCAUUUAUGGACAGUUUAAUGUAAAAAUGUUCCCGUAUUGGUGUAAAUAUUCUAUAUCAAGUGUCUUUUUUACUGUUUUAUUGUUUUUUUUUUAGUGUGUGGUGACUAUAGA